AUGCCCGCUGCUCCGCACAACGACAACCGGUACCUAACGACCCAGGACAGUGGAGCAUUCAUCGACGCCGUGGCCCACACACCCACCAAGGACCCUCUCAACGCCAAGGCCGCCGCCGCGCGCCUGACGCCCUCAAACUUUGCGCCUGGCGUGUUUUGGGCAAGCAACUUUGCAAACGCAGCGGAGAUGGAGGCGGCAGACGUGGCAGAUGCCGAGGCGCUUGGGAACGCAGGUGUGUCCAUGGGGCUGCUCGGCUUCCUCGGCGGCUCACCGGGCGGCGACGACGACUCAGAUCACGGCCUCAGCGACGGGUCCGAGGACUUGGAGGGCCAGGGGCGGCCGGACGCCGCCGCGCGGCAGCCGCCCGCUGGCGGGCGAGGCGAGCUCAACGGCCUCGGCGACGACGCUGACGAGGACGGCGGCGGCGGCGGCGGCAGCGGAAUAGAGGGAGACGCCGGUGCGGGGGCGGAUGACCUGGCGGCAGCGCGGCGGCAGCUGCUAUCUCAGGGGGUCGAGAUAGCCGAGCUGCAGGAGCGAGUCCAGGACCUGCUAGAGAAGGUGCACGAUGUGCGGGAGGGCCGCCGCGAGGCGGAGGACCGGCUGGCCUGGGCCAUGGAACGUCUGCACGCGGCGCGGCAGCUGCUGGCCGACCGCGGCGUCGCCUUCGAAAUCGCACCGGCUGGGGUCGGGGCCGCAGAGGAGGAGGAGGUCAGCGAGGGGGGAGGGGCGGGGCCGGGGUUUGGCGCAGACGGGGCUGGUGCGGAGGCCGGGGGCGGCGGCGGAGGGCCCAGCGGCGUGGUCGGUCCGCGGCGGGCGGGCCUCGAUGGAGCGGUCAAUGGGAGCGGCGGCGGCGGCGCUGCGGGCGCGGGGCCAGCGGACAGCGCAAAGAGCCUGGGGCGGCCUUGGGAUGGGCAGCCGCUGGCGAGGCAGCCGCGGCGCAGCGCCUCAAACUGGAGCGAGUCGGCCGCGGGCGGCGGCGGCGACGACGGGGUCGGGACCGACCAUCCUGACCGCGAGCAGCCCUGGACGGGUUGCGCAAGCGACGGCUUUGGGGGUGGUUUCGUGGGGGGCGCGCCGCGGCUGGAUGCAGCGGUGACGGCGGUGCCGGCCGCUGCAGGGCAGCACCACGAGGUGGAGCAGCCGCAGCAGCCGCAGCAGCAGCACCAGCAGCAGCAGCAGCAGCAGCAGCGGCCGCGUCAGGAAGCUGCACAGCCGGAGCAGGUGGUGCAUGCUGAAGGUUUGAGGGACUUCCAGCCGCCUGACUAG